AUGCUGGCCGAGUUGCGGCCUGAGCCGCGCGACACGAUCUCUACCAUCUGCUUCUCCCCAAAUCAUGCCAAAAAUGUGCUCGCUGCAUCAUCCUGGGACAAUAUGUUGCGCGUGUACGACGUGGACAGUUCGGAGCUAAUAUCACAGCACGAGUUCCAGGCGGCGCCCUUGGACUGUUGCUUCCUUGCAGAUUUUAACCGCGUGGCCGCAGGCGGCUUGACCGGGGGCGUUCACGUCUUCGAUGUUCACGGUGCAAAAAUUACACAAGUCGGACGGCAUGAUGCUCCAGUCCGCUUUGUGCGGUUUCAUAGGCCUACAAAUUUGAUAUACUCGGGGGGCUGGGACAGCACAAUAAGAGCGUGGGACUUGCGGUCUCCGCGGGAAGUUGGGAUGGCGGCAGUCCAUGGUAAAGUCUACGCUAUGGACCUCAAUGACGACAAACUCGUAGUUUGUGACUCAAAGAAACGAACAUACAUCUAUGACAUCCGGAAUGGCCCAGAGAUGACUCAUGCGGAAUACCGCGACCAAAUCCUGAAAUACCAAAUCAGGGCAGUACGCUGUUUUCCCAACGGCCAAGGAUUCGCGGCCUCUUCGAUUGAAGGGCGCGUUACUUGGGAGUACUUCGACCCCAGUCCCGAGGCUCAAGCCCGCAAAUAUGCAUUCAAGUGCCACAGGGUCAAAGACCCGGACGGCUCAGAAACAGCAUGCCCUGUGAAUUCCAUUGUAUUUCACCCGCGAUAUGGUACCUUCGCCACUGGAGGUUCAGACGGCGGAGUCUCUAUAUGGGAUGGCCUGAGCAAAAAACGGCUCUGCAGGGUUCCUCCUCUACCUACCAGCGUCUCCAGUUUGGCCUUCAACUCCAGCGGCACGCUCCUUGCUACGGCGGUUUCUUACAUGUAUGAACGAGGGCCACAGAUGGGAGUACCCAAACCGCAGAUCAUUUUACGAGCCGUGAAGGAAGAGGACGUGCGGCCGAAGGCCUAA